UCCCAGUCUCCUCGCUCCUCGCCGUCGAUCGGCCGGUGGGCGACGCCGACACCGCGAGCUCCCCCCACCCCGGCGGCCUGACCAGACUCCCCCGCGGCCGCGACCAUCCCCACCCCGCGCGCGUCCUGUAUGUUGGCGUGAUCCGGCCGGUGGAGCCUGGAUGAAGGAGCGGAACCCGGCGGCCGUCUCCUCCUCUUCCUCCGCGCUGACCCGGAUCCUCGCCGCCUGCGCGUCCCAGGCAAAAGAUUAUGGGAGGUGCAUAGCAGAAAAGGUCCCUGAGAUUGAACAUAAUAUGUGUUCUAAGGAGUUUCUAGCACUCAGAUCAUGCAUGCAGACUGUGGUCAAGCGCAAGGCCUGAAGUUCUGGAGUUAAAGCUUUCGGACUUUGAUAUUUGUCGCUUCCAGUGUGAUUACUGCUGAUUUCAGAUGCAAGGAGGUUUGGGUAGCCCUGGUGCUCUGUCUCAUGCUUAUGUACAACAUCCACCACUACGAUGUGACAUACCAGACAUACGUGGGCUAUUUUAUGAUGAUGCUAAUAAGUUCCUUAUAGCUCCAACAGCUGACCGGAUAUUAUACUGGAAGAUAGCUCCAUCUACUCAAGCUAGACCUCCGAACUCUGAUCCCGUAAAUGAUGGACCUGUCUUAUCAGUUCGAUAUUCCCUGGAUCAGAAAGCCAUAGGGACACAACGAUCCAAUCAUGAGGUUGAAUUUAGGAACAGGGAAACAGGACAGACAUGUAUUAAAAAAUGGAGAGCAGAUUCUGAAACUAUACUUGGCUUUUUUUGGACAGACUGCCCCACUUGUGAUGUCAUAAUUGUAAAAACAAGUGGCCUAGAUCUGUUUGCUUAUGAACCUCAAACAAAUACUCUUCACUUGGUGGACUCAAAAAAGUUCAAUGUGAGCUGGUAUCUUUACACACAUGAAAGUAGGUUGAUUCUUCUUGCUUCAGGAAUGCAAUGCACGCAGUUCACUGGAUAUCAGUUUUCUGCUGGUGGGAUUGUCAAAUUGCCUAAGUUUGAGAUGACAAUGUCUAAAAGUGAAGCAAACAGCAAACCUGUUUUAGCUGCUGAUGAUGUUCAUACUGUAACAGUCUAUGGUAGGAUUUACUGCCUGCAGCUUGACAGAGUUAGUAUGACGUUGAAUUUGUAUCGUUUCUAUCGUGAUGCUGUUGUACAACAGGGUACUCUGCCAACUUAUUCAAGCAGAAUUGCAGUUAGUGCAGUUGACAACAUAAUCAUGGUCCACCAAAUAGAUGCUAAAGUUGUCAUAUUAUAUGAUGUUUUCAUGGACUCUUAUGCACCAAUUUCUGCACCACUCCCGCUGCUAGUGAGGGGGCUGCCUAUCAACAAUAAGCAAUCAGUUCAAACUCCAGAUAGCCAGAAUGCAUAUGGUGGGACUCUCUAUGGUGAAGGCUGGAACUUUCUAAUUCCUGACCUCGUCUGUGAUGUUGAGAACGGGCUCUUAUGGAAACUUCAUUUAGACCUAGAGGCUAUUGCCGCUAGUACAUCUGAUGCCCCUUCUAUUUUGGAAUUCCUUCAGAGACGAAAGUCUGACCCAAGCAUGGUUAAGACACUAAGUCUUGCUAUAGUCCGGACGAUCAUCCUGGAGAGGAGACCAAUUACUAUGGCUGCAAAGGCAAUGGAUGUUGUUCUUGAUUCCUAUUCUCGUUUGAUGAAAAUGGGUGGUGGUCUUCCUGGAGUAAGGACAACAUCUGAGCAAAAUCAGCAGUCUGGUGUUCAGCCUGUUGCGAACCCAGAUUCAGUAAGUGGAGAUGGUAAUAGACCUGCGCAGAAUUCAGGAGUUGAACGUGGAAUUUCUAACCUGGCAGCACAUGUAGAUAGGACAUCGUUAAAUACAUCGUCUGAUUCUGAAGAGAUUACCGAUGCAUCAGGAGAGGCAAAUCAAGGAACAUCAGGUUUGCAAGCAUCUGAUGCUGCUGAAAGAAAACCACAAGUUGCGGGCGAGGAUAGCAGACCAUUGGCUUCUGGUACAUCAAUGCAGCAAGGAUCACAUUAUGCUAAUGUGGCUGUUUCACCAAGUGAAAUGUUUGAGUCUGUGUUUGUGCUUGUUGAAGACGAAAUGAUGGCUGAUCCUGCAUAUCUUAUUUCUAUCAUCAUGGAGUUUUUACGGAGUGUCUCAAAGGCUGGGUUGAAGGCUCCCCCUAACCUUUAUGUGAUGAUGACAACACUGCUAGCCCGCAAUAACCGUUAUCCUGAAAUAUCCUUGUUUGUAUCUAACAAGAUCCUAGAGCCCUCCAAGGAACUUGCGAUGCAACUGAUGGAAUUGGGUCGACAACACUCUCCAACGAGGAAGCUAGGUGUGGACAUGCUGAGAGAGCGGGGCUUGCACCACGAUUACGUGACUGUGUUAUUGCAAGACGGGUACCACCUGGAGGCUCUUCGCUACGCCAGAAAAUACAAGGUCAUCACCGUGCAGCCUGCCCUGUUCUUGGAGAAAGCUGUGGCCAUAAACAGCGCGCAGAGCCUCGCCGCAAUGCUGAGCUUCUUCUCCGACUUCACGCCGACCUUCAAGACAACAUCAGACUAUGGCAGAUACCGGCAUAUCCUCUCUGAGAUGAUCUGAACAAAUUUCAGUAGGGUAAACAUAUCUGUAACGAUUUGGCACGGUACUCGACGUCAUGCAAAUCAUCUCGUAUAGAAGAAACUUGCUAUAUGAAAGAUCAAAGAUGGUGUAAAGUUUGAGACAAUUAGGUAUAGUUGAACUUUGUUGGAACGAGAGGUUGCUCA